GUUUCUGACGACAGCAUUAUCGAUAGUUCUAGAAUCGCUCUUUCCCUUUCCUCUUUGUUGUUUCCUUGUUCUCACAUUCGACAUUAGAACAUUUUGUCGAUUACUACAGAAAAUUCCAGACUUCCAGAAUUCCAAUACUUACAGUUAAUUCGCAGUGAUUAAUUUAGAAUCAAAUAUCUAGUCGAGAACAGUGUUUUUAAAACUAUAUACAUAUAUUUUAAGUAGAAAGCGUGCAAGUAUUAGGAAGCAUGGUGAAUGAAACUAAAUUUUAUGAUAUUCUGGGUGUCAAACCAGACUGUUCACCUGAAGAUUUAAAGAAGGCGUACAGAAAACUAGCCUUAAAAUAUCACCCUGAUAAAAAUCCAAAUGAGGGAGAAAAAUUUAAGCAGAUCUCUCAAGCCUAUGAAGUUCUUUCCGACCCCGAAAAAAAGAAAAUAUAUGACUUAGGGGGUGAACAGGCACUGAAGGAACGAGGAGUUGGCGGAGGUUUUUCGAGCCCCAUGGAUUUAUUCGACAUGUUUUUCAGUGGUGGAUUUGGUGGUGGUCGACGGAGGAAAGACCAUAGGGGCAAAAAUGUCAUCCAUCAACUUACUGUUACUUUAGAGGAACUUUACAAAGGAGCAGUUAGGAAGUUGGCAUUACAGAAAAAUGUUAUUUGUGAUAAAUGUGAGGGCAGAGGAGGCAAAAAAGGAGCAGUUGAACAAUGUACAACAUGUAGAGGUACAGGUGUACAAGUACAAGUGCAACAAAUUGGAUUAGGUAUGCUUCAACAAAUUCAAACAGUAUGUCCCGAUUGCAGAGGACAAGGGGAAAAGAUUAAUCCUAAAGAUCGUUGCAAGCAGUGCAAUGGUAAAAAAGUAGUUCGUGAACGUAAAGUAUUAGAAGUACACAUUGACAAAGGUAUGGUUGAUGAACAAAAAAUAGUAUUCACUGGUGAAGGUGAUCAAGAACCUGAAUUGGAACCUGGCGAUAUUAUUAUAGUACUUGAUGAAAAAGAACAUCCAGUAUUUAAGAGAUAUAAUGUACAUGAUUUAUACAUGAGAAUGGAAAUUCAACUAGUGGAAGCUUUGUGUGGUUUUCAGAAAGCUGUCAAAACAUUAGAUGACAGAGAACUAGUGAUUACUGUUCUGCCUGGUGAAGUUAUUAAAAAUGGAGACUACAAAUGUAUUUUAAAUGAAGGCAUGCCACAAUACAAGAAUCCAUUUGAAAAAGGACGUUUCAUCAUUCAGUUCUACGUUAAGUUUCCCGAUACACUUCCCCCAGAAAUAAUUCCAGAUUUAGAAAGAGUUCUACCACCCAGAGAAGAAAUCAUGAUCUCUGACCAUGCAGAAGAGGUGACAUUGGUUGACUUUGAUCCAGAAGCUGAAGCCCGAAGAAGAUCUCACAGGAAUGCCUAUGAUGAAGAUGAUGACAUGCAUGGACAAGGUCAAAGAGUGCAAUGUGCUACAAAUUAAAUACAAUUUUAAACUACUUUCCAAAUUAGAGAUAUGUUAACAAAGGGGGACAAUAUAUUUUGGAUAAUGGGUCACC